GUAAUUUAGCCCUGACAAUUUUCAUUGACGAUCGAAGCAAUGAGCUUCCUCCUCCAUGGCUUCGCAUGAACAACCUUCAAUCUGGAGCUUCAACUCGUACGUGAAAAAAAAAUUGUUAUUUUUUAUCAUUAUAUUUUUUCUUUACUACUAUCCGAUUCUGUAGGAAUUUUCCAAACCUCGGAUGUCCUGGAUCGUAGUAGCUCGAGUUGAGCACGAAUAACGACGAUUUGUUUCGGAUUGAAAGUUGAGGUAAACAAUCUUAUUGUUUCAAAGUAAGAGUCCAAAUCUCCUUCCUGUGUGUUACUUUGCUUGCUAUGGCAUGGAUGAUGCAUGGACUCUAACCUGAUGGUGAUGUCUAGCAAGUUUGAAUUCACUUCAGGGAGCCCGGAUAGACCGUUACAAUCUAGUGGGCAACGUGGAGCCCACAUGGCCGUUCCACUAGACAGAUCUGGUAGCUUUCGUGAGAGUUUGGAGAAUCCAAAUUUAUCUACUCUUCCAAAUAUGUCGAGAAGUGCUUCUGCUGUAUCACAAGGGGACGUUUUAAAUUUCUUGCAAUGCUUGCAUUUUGGUCGAAAGUUGGUUGCCACAGAUGAAAAGUCUAAUCGUCAAGGGGACUUCAGCAGACAGUUACAACUUGCUCUUAGUAUGUCACCUGAUGAUUCUCCAUCUAGUUCUUCAAAAGGUAAAUUGCCAUCAUCUGUGAUGCGAGAAGAAAUCAAGCGGAUGAAGGGUAGUCUACGGGAGUGCUCUGUCAAAGCCAGGGAACACUUAAAAAUUUUCAAUGAAGCCUUAUCUGUAUUUAACAAGUUUUUCCCAAGUGUACCAUCAAAAAAGAGGUCCCGGUUAGAAGGUUAUAACAAUGAGCGGUCCAAUUUCAUUGUAUCCGGUGAGCGGUCAGCUAGGGGGCAAGUAGGUAAGUUUGGAAAUCAGAGUAACACGGCUGUUUUUGAACAUGAGAUGCAGAAAUCUGAAGAACGAAUUAAAAACGCUAUGCCCAAUAAACGCACGAGAACUUCUUUGGUGGAUUCAAGGGGGAUGGAUGUUCGUGGUAAUGCUCCUGUGAGACCAUCUGGAGGUGCUGAUAGGGAAAGAGAUGCACUAAGACUUGCAAAUAGUUGUGCUGUUCCAGGUGAAGACAGGAGUUUAUCAAUUGGCGUUGAUGGUUGGGAGAAGUCAAAAAUGAAGAAAAGGCGAUCUGGAAUAAAGUCAGAUGUCUCUUCAAGCAGUCAGUCAACCAAACCAGUUGAUAGUUAUGAUGAAGUUAAGCAGCAAUUGCAGCAAAGACCGGUUUCUGAUGCUCGAUCACGAAUGAAUAAAGAUAGCCAUGGGUUUAGGCCAGGGGUGGCUAAUGGAGCUCCUGGUGUUGGAAAAUCUGAAGGUGUUGCUCAACAGAAUGGCUUGGGUAUUCGUUCAUCCAUGUCCAGGACUGAUUUGGACGGCAAUUCCCUUGUCAGUGACAGGAGAGAUAUUUCUAUUGUUUCGGACAAAGAAAGAGUGAACCUCCGGGGUGUUAAUAAGUCAAAUGUUCGCAACGAUAUUGUUUUAACCAGCCCUACAUCAAAUGCUAAAGUGAAUCCAUCUGUUCGUGCUCCACGGUCCAGUUCAGGCAUUGCUCCAAAAUUUUCUCCGGUUGUUCAUAGAGCAGUUCCUUCUAAUGAUUGGGAUAUGUCAAAUUGCACAAAUAAGCCUACUGCUGGUGGUGGUGUGAACAAUCGCAAACGCAUGACAUCAAUGCGGUCCUCAUCCCCUCCAGUUUCCCAAUGGGCAGGCCAGAGGCCACAGAAGAUCUCCCGCAUUGCAAGGAGGACCAAUCUGGUUCCUAUUGCUUCAAGCAAUGAUGAUACUCCUUUGGAUAACACAUCUGAUGUUGGGGGCAAUGAUACUGGCUCGGGAUUUGGUAGACGCAUGUCUGGUAGUUCUCCCCAGCAAGUGAAAAUAAAAGGUGAACCAUUAUCCUCAGCUGCCCUAUCUGAAAGUGAGGAAUCUGGGGCUGCUGAGAUCAAAUCUAGAGAGAACACCCGAAAAUCGGACCAUUUAGAUGAUAAAUCUGAACACGGUGUUCAGAAGGUACCUACCUUAGUUCUGCCGAAUAGGAAGAAUAAAUUGAUUGAUGAAGACAUUGGAGAUGGGAUUCGGAGACAAGGGAGGACUGGUCGUGCUUUCACAUCCACUAGGUCUCUCAUGCCAAUGACAGUUGAGAAGAUUGAGACUGUCGGAACUGCAAAACAGCUUAGAAGUACCAGACAUGGAUUUGAUAAAGUUGAAAGCAAGGCAGGUCGUCCACCUACUAGGAAAUUUACUGACCGCAAGGCAUAUAAACGUCAUAAGCAUUCAGCAAUGAAUGUGGGGACAGAUUUUCUUGUUGGAUCAGAUUACGGGCGUGAGGAGCUAAUGGCUGCUGCUAAUGCUGUUAUAAAUCCUGGUCACACUUUUUUCAGCCCAUUUUGGAGACAGAUGGAGCCAUUCUUUCGUUUUAUAUCUGAAGCAGAUAUUACACACUUAAGAAAACAAGGAGAUCUUGAAGUUACUGCAUCAGGGCCAAAAGUUGUUUCAGACAAGGACACUUCCAAUAUUAGUCUCGAUGAUUUUGAGCACCUUGAAAAUGAAGCAAGAGGAGAAGUUCCUUUAGGACAUUUAAUUCACGAGUCUAAAGAUCAUACCGUGGUUCCUUUAUACCAGAGACUCUUAGCCUCGUUAAUUCCAGAGGAGGUUGCUGACAACAAAAGUGAGGACACCAAGUAUGAUAAUUACGGAAUGUCCGACUUAGAUGAAGAUUUUAAACCAAACAAAUUGAGUCACGAAAUUUUACCUAGUUCUCAGCUUUCUGUGCAUUCGGCUAAUGAUGAUUAUAACAUGAGAGGAGGAUCAGGUUCAGAUCAACAUAUGCCUGAAACAGAUAGACAGAGCAUCCCAAACUCUGUGAUGAUGUUAAAUUUCUCAAAUUCCCUGAAUGGCUUGGUCUCCAAUCAAACCUUGAUGCCUGGAAUGGUCUGUUCAGAGUUGCAGUAUGAUGACAUGCCGUUGAAUGAGAAACUUCUCUUGGAGAUUCAAAGUAUUGGAAUUUUCCCAGAUUCAGUGCCUGAAAUGUUGCAGUUAGAUGAGGAAGAGAUCACUAACGACAUCCGUCUGUUGGAAGAGAAGAAGAAUGAGCUGGUUUCAAGAAAGAACUCUUUGCUUGACAAACUGUUACAAUCUGCCUUGGCCACAAAGCAGCUUCAAGAAAAAGAGUUUGAAAGGCUUGCCAUGGAUAAACUUGUGGCAAUGGCUUACGGGAAGUAUAUGGCUUGCAAAGUUUCUAAUGCCUCCAGUGGAAAGAGUUCCAGUAACAAAAUGGCAAAGCAAGCUGCCUUGGCAUUUGUUAAAAGAACAUUGAACCGAUGUCAUAAAUUUGAGGAUACAGGAAAGAGCUUCUUCAGUGAGCCUUCAUUUCGAGAGAUAUAUUCUUCCUGGUCUGUCAAUCCCAAUAGUGAAAGACAAUCAGAUCCUGUGGAGGGUGAAUCGGAGAAAUCAUAUGCCUCCAUUCAAUCUCUGGAUGCAAGAGUCUCAGCUUUGGCAGGUUCACAGAAUAGCCCUUCAUACUUUAGUCAGAAUGUGGAAAACCACGAUGUUACCUCCGGCAAUGUGCGCCCACCUGCUAAUCACCAAUCUGAGCGAACAACUGGAAGAGAAGAAUUAUGGUCAAACAGGGUGAAAAAGAGAGAACUGUUGCUUGAUGAUGUUGGUAAUGCAGGUGGCCCGUCUGUCAUUGGGAGUUGUAUUUCAAGCAGUGCAAAAGGGAAGAGGAGUGAAAGGGAUAGAGAUGGUAAAGGGCAUAACAGAGAGGUGUCAUCUAGAAAUGGAACCAAAAUCGGUAGGCCAACACUAUCCAAUACUAAAGGGGAAAGGAAAACUAAGACAAAGCCUAAGCAGAAAACUGCCCAAUUGUCAAUUUCUGUUAAUGGCCUUCUAGGCAAGAUGCCAGAGCAACCAAAACCAGCAUUGUCUCCUGUACUAAAAUCAAGUACUUCAACUGGUGGUUCAAAAGAAAAGGAUCAGUUUGGCUUGGAUGGACUUGAUGACCCCGAGUCCGUGGAUUUAUCUAACUUUCAAUUGCCAGGCAUGGAUGUAUUAGGUGUUCCUGAUGAUCUUGAUGGCCAGGGUCAGGAUCUGGGUUCAUGGUUAAAUAUUGAUGAUGAUGGUUUACAAGAUCAAGACUUCAUGGGCCUUGAGAUUCCAAUGGAUGACCUCUCAGAUUUAAAUAUGAUGGUUUGAAGUUGCUCUCCUUGUAUAGUCUUCAAGACUUGUUUAUUAAUAUUUUACAAACUAAAGGGAAAUCCUACGUUAAGGGUGACUGGUAGUUGCAUAGUUAUUGGCUACCAAUCCAAAUUAGGUUAUUAGAUUCUUUUUGAGGCUCCUCUUCAAGUUAUUUCAAGUAAAUGUUUCGGAUGUUUGGAAUUUUGCUCCUGUAUUUAGUUGGUGACUUUGACUGUAAAGAUAGCCUUGUUCAAGCUACAAGUUAGUAUAGUCAUAGUGAUAUCUAGGGUACACAGUAUCCUUCAUGUAGCUUUUUGAUCAGAGAAUGAUACCUCUUGUACAUAAGCUUAUAUUUGAAAUAAAUCAUCCUUUUAUUC